AUGAGGAAGGAGGGGAUUUUUCCUUUUACUAGUACGUUCCAAUCUCUCUCCCCCGUUCCCCGCUUCUUGUCCACCUAUCCUCCUUCCCUCCCUGUCCCUUUCCUCCCCAAACCCACUAACCCCUCGACCCCCUAUGCCAAGCUGGAGAGCACUCCGCUGACCGCCUCCCCGCGCCACGUGUCCAGAGCAGUGCGCAGCGCGGGGGUGCGCCUCUCCCCCCGCCGUGUGGCGCUGGCAGCACGGCUGCUCGCCAGUAGAGGCAGCUGGCGCAGGGCGCUGCUGCUCGUGCACUGGGCCGCUCGCCGUGACCAAUCCCGCGUCGACAGAAAGGUGCUCACAACACUCAUCGCUGCACUGGGCUGGCGCUACCCCGAUGCGGUGCUGCAAGCCAUGCGACUCAUGAUGAAAGGUGCUCAUGUCGCUCAUCGCUGCACUGGGCUGGCGCUACCCCGAUGCGGUGCUGCAAGCCAUGCGACUCAUGAUGGUACCCAUGCGACUAAUGAUGCUUCGCUCCGUCGCUCCCCUGAUCACUCUCGUACUUCCCUUUCUGCCCAUGCCUCCUUGAGAUCCAUUUUCCAUUUCCAUCCUCCCCACUUCUCAUCUCUACCCCCAUACCCUCCCACUGCUCUUCCUAUCCAUGCUGUGCCAUCCACCGCCCUCCUCUCCCUCGCUGCUCUCCACCAGUCGCAGCCCUCCACGUGGCCUGACCUCCCAGCAUACAGAGCAGCAGCAGUGGCGCUGGGAAGGGCGGGGUAUCUGCAGGAGCUGCUGCAGGUGGGUGGGGAGAGGAUGGGCUUGGGGAACUGCAGUGCCACUCGCCUCUUGCUUGUCUUGCACGCACUCACCAAGUCGGGUGCAGCAGGCGGCAGCUGGCUGGCGUCAGACGUGGUGGUGUACAACGCGGUGAGUGCUGCUGCUGCCCCUCAUGUGCCCGCCCCUAGUAGGUACCCCCUACCCUCUUGCACCCACUCCCUUCAAGUCGGGUGCAGCGGGCAGCAGCAGCUGGCUGGCGUCAGACGUGGUGGUGUACAACGCGCGGGCAGCAGCAGCUGGCUGGCGUCAGACGUGGUGGUGUACAACGCGGUGAGUGCUGCUGCUGCCCCUCAUGUGCCCGCCCCUAGUAGGUACCCCCUACCCUCUUGCACCCACUCCCUUCAAGUCGGGUGCAGCGGGCAGCAGCAGCUGGCUGGCGUCAGACGUGGUGGUGUACAACGCGCGGGCAGCAGCAGCUGGCUGGCGUCAGACGUGGUGGUGUACAACGCGGUGAGUGCUGCUGCUGCCCCUCAUGUGCCCGCCCCUAGUAGGUACCCCCUACCCUCUUGCACCCACUCCCUUCAAGUCGGGUGCAGCGGGCAGCAGCAGCUGGCUGGCGUCAGACGUGGUGGUGUACAACGCGCGGGCAGCAGCAGCUGGCUGGCGUCAGACGUGGUGGUGUACAACGCGGUGAGUGCUGCUGCUGCCCCUCAUGUGCCCGCCCCUAGUAGGUACCCCCUACCCUCUUGCACCCACUCCCUUCAAGUCGGGUGCAGCGGGCAGCAGCAGCUGGCUGGCGUCAGACGUGGUGGUGUACAACGCGCGGGCAGCAGCAGCUGGCUGGCGUCAGACGUGGUGGUGUACAACGCGGUGAGUGCUGCUGCUGCCCCUCAUGUGCCCGCCCCUAGUAGGUACCCCCUACCCUCUUGCACCCACUCCCUUCAAGUCGGGUGCAGCGGGCAGCAGCAGCUGGCUGGCGUCAGACGUGGUGGUGUACAACGCGCGGGCAGCAGCAGCUGGCUGGCGUCAGACGUGGUGGUGUACAACGCGGUGAGUGCUGCUGCUGCCCCUCAUGUGCCCGCCCCUAGUAGGUACCCCCUACCCUCUUGCACCCACUCCCUUCAAGUCGGGUGCAGCGGGCAGCAGCAGCUGGCUGGCGUCAGACGUGGUGGUGUACAACGCGCGGGCAGCAGCAGCUGGCUGGCGUCAGACGUGGUGGUGUACAACGCGGUGAGUGCUGCUGCUGCCCCUCAUGUGCCCGCCCCUAGUAGGUACCCCCUACCCUCUUGCACCCACUCCCUUCAAGUCGGGUGCAGCGGGCAGCAGCAGCUGGCUGGCGUCAGACGUGGUGGUGUACAACGCGCGGGCAGCAGCAGCUGGCUGGCGUCAGACGUGGUGGUGUACAACGCGGUGAGUGCUGCUGCUGCCCCUCAUGUGCCCGCCCCUAGUAGGUACCCCCUACCCUCUUGCACCCACUCCCUUCAAGUCGGGUGCAGCGGGCAGCAGCAGCUGGCUGGCGUCAGACGUGGUGGUGUACAACGCGCGGGCAGCAGCAGCUGGCUGGCGUCAGACGUGGUGGUGUACAACGCGGUGAGUGCUGCUGCUGCCCCUCAUGUGCCCGCCCCUAGUAGGUACCCCCUACCCUCUUGCACCCACUCCCUUCAAGUCGGGUGCAGCGGGCAGCAGCAGCUGGCUGGCGUCAGACGUGGUGGUGUACAACGCGCGGGCAGCAGCAGCUGGCUGGCGUCAGACGUGGUGGUGUACAACGCGGUGAGUGCUGCUGCUGCCCCUCAUGUGCCCGCCCCUAGUAGGUACCCCCUACCCUCUUGCACCCACUCCCUUCAAGUCGGGUGCAGCGGGCAGCAGCAGCUGGCUGGCGUCAGACGUGGUGGUGUACAACGCGCGGGCAGCAGCAGCUGGCUGGCGUCAGACGUGGUGGUGUACAACGCGGUGAGUGCUGCUGCUGCCCCUCAUGUGCCCGCCCCUAGUAGGUACCCCCUACCCUCUUGCACCCACUCCCUUCAAGUCGGGUGCAGCGGGCAGCAGCAGCUGGCUGGCGUCAGACGUGGUGGUGUACAACGCGCGGGCAGCAGCAGCUGGCUGGCGUCAGACGUGGUGGUGUACAACGCGGUGAGUGCUGCUGCUGCCCCUCAUGUGCCCGCCCCUAGUAGGUACCCCCUACCCUCUUGCACCCACUCCCUUCAAGUCGGGUGCAGCGGGCAGCAGCAGCUGGCUGGCGUCAGACGUGGUGGUGUACAACGCGCGGGCAGCAGCAGCUGGCUGGCGUCAGACGUGGUGGUGUACAACGCGGUGAGUGCUGCUGCUGCCCCUCAUGUGCCCGCCCCUAGUAGGUACCCCCUACCCUCUUGCACCCACUCCCUUCAAGUCGGGUGCAGCGGGCAGCAGCAGCUGGCUGGCGUCAGACGUGGUGGUGUACAACGCGCGGGCAGCAGCAGCUGGCUGGCGUCAGACGUGGUGGUGUACAACGCGGUGAGUGCUGCUGCUGCCCCUCAUGUGCCCGCCCCUAGUAGGUACCCCCUACCCUCUUGCACCCACUCCCUUCAAGUCGGGUGCAGCGGGCAGCAGCAGCUGGCUGGCGUCAGACGUGGUGGUGUACAACGCGCGGGCAGCAGCAGCUGGCUGGCGUCAGACGUGGUGGUGUACAACGCGGUGAGUGCUGCUGCUGCCCCUCAUGUGCCUCAUCCCCAACCCCUUGUAGCCUUUCCUCACCCACCACCACCCAUUGUCCUGAAUGCGUGUGGCACCAAGAGGCAGUGGAAGGGCGUGCAGUGGGUGCUGCAGCAGAUGCGCAGCGAGGGGGUAGCCCCCGACGCAGCCACCUUCGGUUUGGCCAUCCAAGCCCUGUCUCUCUGCAGUCAAACCCACCUCGCCCUGCACCUGCUCGCUGAUAUGGAGGCGGCUGGCUUCCCUCCGACCACCCACACCUACCGAGACCUGGUGCGGGCACUGGCGGCAGCAGGGAGGGUGGAGGAGGCAGAGGCAGCAGUGAGAGAGAUGCAGGAGCGGGGAAUGGAGGGCAACGCAGGGGUGUUUUACUCUCUUGCGUGUGCUCUCUGCUCCGCUGGGCGGUGGCGGGAUGCUGUCACUCUGGUGGAGAAGAUUUCUCGGGCAGAGGAUGCGCAGCCGCCAGUGGUGACGUGGACAGGCCUGAUUCGUGCGUGCGAGCGAAGCAACCGAUUGGACGACGCGGCCCAGGUUUUCCGGGAGAUGCAGGUGCAGGGGUGCACCCCCAACAUCACCACCUGCAACAUCAUGAUCACCGUAUUUGCUCGCACGGGCAGGUUCGCUGCUGCGGAGGAAAUUUACGCCGCUGCCCGGUCGGGCGGCAGGCCUAUAAUCACGGGCAGGAAGAGGUGGAUGAGCAAGGAGGAGAGGCAGGAGGCUAGGAUGCAGCGACUGGUGGCUAAUAAUAGGAGCAGGAGGAGGCUGAUUCGAGAAGGGAAAUUACAGAGAGGGGGAGGAGUAAAAGAGGGAGCAACUGUGGUUGGUGCUUGGGAAGCAGGGGAAGGGGGGAGGGAGGAGGGAGCACGAGAGGAUGAAGAGGGGGAAGAGGAUGCUUUGGAGGGGGGAGAUGGUGAAGGGGAGGCCAUUGGCGUGACAGGAGAGAGCGAGGAGCAGAAGAGCAAGGAGGAGGAGGGGGGGAAUGGAGAGGGAGACGGGGAGGAGGAUGGGGAGGAGAGUGCAGGUGAGAGGGUAUGGUUCGGGAGGAGACGAGAGGACCCGCCGCUGGUGCCCAACAGCCGCACGUUCUCAGCCAUGCUGGGCGCGUGUGUGCGGUGCCGGCAGUGGCAGGCCGUGAGGCAGGUGGCACGGGACAUGCAGCGGGCGGGGUGGGCGCUGCAGGUGCGGCAGCAUGGGUGGGUGGUGGACGCGCUCCUCAAGGGCAAACAGACAGUCAUUGCUGACGAGCUGCUGCUUGCCAUGCGCGGGACAGCUACUGGGGCUGCUGGCCUUAGUAACAGCCAGGAAUCCAGUCGCGUUAGCGUUCAUAAUCCUGGCCAUGUUGCGAGUCGAGAUUACGGUGGUGUGGGUGGGGAGGAGAUUCCUCCUGAGACAGUUGAGAGCGUGAGCGAGGAGGAGCAGAGGAGGACAGCUGCACAGCAGCAGCUUGAUUUGCUGUCGGCACUGACUCGUGCGAGCAGCAGAGGAGACGGGAUGAGCUCACAGGGAGUCUCAGAUGACAGCUGUGACAACAACAGCCUCAGCAGCAGCGACAGCAGCAGCAGCAGCAGCAGCAGCAGCAACAGUAGCAUUUCAGACACCAGCAGCAGCACCCAAGCCAGCAGUAGCAGUGGCAAGGACAGCAGCAGUGACGAGCUGAGCCCUGUCCUCCUGAGGGUGUGGGAGCUGCUAGAGUCGCACGCCCCCCUGGAUGGCUUUGCUUGGCGUUAUGCGGUGGCAUCGGUGGGCGGCGGACUGACAGGGGCAGGGGUGGAGGAGGCUGUGGGAGUAAUGGACGCGUGGGGGAGGGCUUUGGAGGGGAAGGCUUUGGAUGAGAGGGUGGUUGAGGAGAGGGCUUUGGAGGGAACGGCUUUGGAGGAGAGGGUGGUUGAGGGGAGGGCGUUGGAGGGGAAGGUUGUGGAGGAGAGGGCGGUUGAGGUGGAGGUGGUGAGUGGGGAAGGCAGAUCUGGGGCGGUGGCAGGUGCUUAUUCAGCAGGAGUUGAGUCAGGUCGUGCUGAGUCGUCAGGUGUUGAAACAGCAAGUGUUCAGAGAGGGCCAGCGAGGGCAGCAGAUGCGCGAACAGACUUAGACACUGCAGCAAGUGGUGCUGGUGCUGCAGCAAGUGGUUCUGCUGCAAGUGGUGCUGUUGGCGCUGCUGGUGCUGCUGGUGACCCUGGUGCUGCUGGUGCUGCUGGUGGUGGUGCAUCUGCUGCAUCUUCUGCAACCCCUGAAGCCUACCCUGCAUCCUCCCCUGCAGUGGACCCUGGUGUGCUUGCCGACCUUGUAAGGGGGCUGCUUAUAGGGGGGAAGAUGGAGGAGGUUCGAGUGGCGUUGCGAUUGGUCGACCGGAUGGAGAAGGAAGGGUGGGUGGCAGACGCCGGCAUAUACACCAGCCUGCUGCACCGGACCGUCAGGCUGGGGAUGGGAGCUGAGGCUCGGGAGGUGCUGGCUCGGGCCGAGGCAGCGGGUGUGAAGGUCGAGUACGAUGAGCUGGAACUGAGUGACUCUGUAGGGGGUUCGGCUGGGGAAGUGGGAGAGAGGGUGGGAGGAGGAUGGCUAAGAGGGGAGAGGGAUCGUGUGGAAGAGCCAUCUGCUUGGGACAUUCUGAAAGUAUGGAGGAAGGAACUACAGUAA